CUUGAGUAGGAAAAUGGCUUACUCCAAGACACUUGUUCUUGUUUUCCUUACUCUUUCCCAAUUCUUUCACCAACACCCUCAUCUUGCCAAAGCAGACUCCAAACUGAUCCUAAACGUCUGCCGCGCCACUGAUGUUCCCGACAUCUGCAUUCAGUGUCUCCAAUCUGAUCCCUACGCUGAAUUCGCCUCUGCAGUAGAACUUGCUUUUAUCAUGAUGAACUGCAUAAGCAGCCAUGCUGAUGCCUUGCAAGUCAACAUGGAAGACACUGCUUCCAACUCCAAAAACAAGUCUACAAAAAGUGUUUACAAUGCUUGUGUUAAGGCAUAUAUGGCUGCAAAGAAAGAUCUCAAAUCAGCAAUAGAUCAUUUGCAGAGCUAUGAGAUUGAUGAGGCUGAGAGUUAUGUGGGUCAAGCUAUGCUUAAACACCAAUCAUGCUAUUAUGCUAUUGAGAACAAUAAAGAGCUCACAAUCCCAAGUGAAGUGGCUUAUGAGAUGAAGAUUUAUGAAGAGCUAUGCUUUUCUACUGAGAGAAUAAUUGAGCGAUUCUAGUAUAUUUAUCAUUAGUACUUGUCAUAAUUCUUUACUCAUACAAAAAUUUCAGAUAUGAAGUUGCAUUAUAUAAUUGUGACAAGAAUGAAAUUAAAAAAAAAAGAACUUGUAGUUGUUUUCAUUCAGCAUUAUAAUAAUAAU